GACAUUUAUUAUUAAUGCAAAAUAUAGGUUAUGUUUACAAUUUAUAUUAUUUUUAUUAUUAUUUCAAAAUAAAUAACAAAGAUCCUUUACCCCUGUGAUAUUUCUAGAAUGCCUCUGUAAUAAUUUCGAGCCACUAUAUUAAGCCAAAAUAAAAUAUCAUGGAGUCAGUUUUUGAAGAACUAGGAAUACCAGCAAAGUACCUGAAAAAAUCCUCGAAAGAAGAAAGAUUUGUGGCUCUAGUGCAUAAACAAUGGCUCAAAUCGUUAUUCAAACACUACACGCUAAUAGAAUUUAUAGAAAAACCGAAAUUAGAUCUAGAAGAACUUGGUUUGCCUUGGAUCAAAAUAUUUGUAUCAGUAUAUAAGAAAAAAGACCUAAAAGUCCUACCGUUGCCUAAAAUACGGCCUAACGUUUCCAACAAUGAGGACCCAUUGCUAUUUGCCCAAUUGAUGCAAUAUAUUUCACAAACUAAUUAUAAAAAUUUGUGGAAAGAAGCAUAUAAGCAAUAUUGUACAAGUGAAGAUGUCAAUAAAGAAACUCAGGUUACUCUUAUUGACUACAAUGAAGCCUUGAGAGAAAUAAUCUCAAGAAUAUACGGAUGCAUAAUUGUAAAUACUCUGGAUUCAUCUCAAAAUAUUGAUAGUUCAAAGGAUUUCGAUGUUCAUUUAAAUGUACUGCCAACUUUUUGUGCAGUGGAAACCCUAAACGCAAUAUUCCUCCUACACAUUCCAUAUUUAGAACAUACUUUAUUAGACUGUGUUACAUUUAGUCCUGCUAUUUUAGAUAAUUGUUAUUCUAAGCCUUUGUUUGUUAUUUAUCAGCUGAUACAGUUGUUGAAAUCUUUGCAUGAUCGUAGUUUAACUCUAGGAGAUAUUACUUUAAAUGAUAUUUAUUUAAGUGAAGAUUUAUGGAUUUAUGUUUUUCCUAAAAUUGAUUCAAAUAUUUGUGUACAAGAAUUGCCCAAAGUUGAAAUGAAACAUUCCAUUAUUAGAGAUUGUAGAAAAUUUGGACAUAAGUUUGAUAGUAGCGCCCUUAAAUGUGAAUAUUGUGGAUUGAAAACCUAUGACAAAAUACAAGUAACUAAUGAAAGCCUUGAGGAAUUAUGUAAAUUAUGGAUUGAUAGAAAAAUUUCAAAUUUUGCUUAUGUUUCGGCUUUAAAUAAAUUUUCAGGUAGAAAAUUAGGUGAACCAAACUGUCACUACGUAUUCCCAUGGGUAACAGAUUUUGCUGCAAGAAACGGAAAAAACUGGAGAGAUUUGAAAAAAUCGAAAUACCGCUUAAAUAAAGGCGACCGCCAACUAGAUCUCACAUAUGAUAACUCACAAACUCAAGUUCCUCACCAUGUUUCUGACGUACUUUCAUCAAUCACUUAUUAUGUAUACAUGGCGCGUAGAACACCAAAGUCAAUAUUAUGCAAAAACGUCCGUACCAUUUGGGUACCUGCCGAAUAUCCAAGUUCAAUUCAAAGGAUGCAAGAGUGGACUCCUGAUGAAUGCAUUCCAGAAUUUUUUACAGAUCCGUCAGUAUUUAGAAGCAUUCAUGAUGACUUGGAAGAUUUAGAAGUACCCACUUGGGCUUCCAGCCCGGAAGAUUUCAUUGAGAAGCAUAGGGAGGCUUUAGAGAGUGAUCAUGUUUCAGAACGGUUGCAUUAUUGGAUCGAUCUUACUUUUGGGUAUAAGCUCUCAGGUUCUGCAGCAAUAAAAGCCAAAAAUGUUUGCUUACAUUUAGCAGACGACCAUACCAACUUAACUCGUUCCGGUAUAUCGCAACUUUUUUCUCAGCCUCAUCCUUCUCGAGCAAUAAACUCACCCUAUUGGGGUAAAUCCCCACCUAAAUUUACAAAUACCUUAAAGCAACAAAGAUCUAGAGAUAGAAGCAAUAAUACGGAGGAGGUCAAUAAAAGCGACGAAGAAGAAAAUGCGGGAGUUUCUAGUACUAAUUGGUCAUCUUUGGGGUUAUCAAAAAUACUUUCUAGAAGCAGAUCGUCUUUACAUGAAGAACAAGGUGUUAAAUCAAAUCGAAGUCCUAGUGCUACUAGAAGUGCAAGCGUAGGACCUAAAAAUGCUAGUUUUACAUCUCACGUGGCCAAUAAAUCAAAGUCAAAUCAGCAAGCAGGAACUAGUCUUAAUACAGGUAUUAUUUAUCUUCCAAAAGACUAUAGGCCAGAAAGCGCAUUGGAAAACUUGGAAAAAAAAUACAAUUUUAUUUCAAAAACUUUUCACAGUGAAAGUGGGAAAGCCUACAAGGUGGCUAGUGAAGAAAAACAUAAUGAACAAGUUGAUGAUUGUUUAGUACAAAAUGCUUUUACAAAUUUUAUUUAUUCAGAAAAUUUUGAAAUUAAAACUCGAGCAACCAAAUCUUAUACGUUUCCAUUGGAUAAUUUCAAUUUGGAAGGAUUUAAUAAAGGAAGCUCUACUAAAAAACCCAUUUCCAACAUCAAUUGUAAUUAUACUGAAAUUAUUGCUAAUAGGAGAGUGAAAGAAUUGCAAGUUUUAGGUUGUCUUAUAGCAGAAAUAUUUCUCUCCAAACAACUCCGAGCUUUAGGUUUAACUACAACCUCAAAUCUCCCCUUUUCUCAACGCCUUAAAUCAUGCUUAAACAUAAUCAACAGUUGCCAAACAGACUUACCUCCAUGUGUUUCUUACAUUUUGAAACUCCUGCUGCAACCUCAAAUAAAAGAUUCAAAGAAAUUUGCUUAUCCUGUUGUAACUGAUUUGGGCUUACCACCUCCCAGUGCUCAUCUAUUGCUUGAGCCUUUAUUACACUGUCUUAUCCCUUUUCCAAAACCUUUUCCUUGUGUUUAUAAAAUACUAAAUGGGCUAAAGGAGUUUAGGAAUGUUGCAUUGGAAUUAAAUGUUUUGUACCAUUUCGAUUGUGAUGGUAGUAUGUGUGCAGAAUAUGAAAAUCUGGAAAGAACAAAAAUAUUGUUUGCUCAAAAUAUAGCUGAAUGUAAAGUUAAGUUGUGCGCUAAACAGAUGGAGAGUUUUUUGGAAGCAAUUAAUCCUAAUACUGACAUGGAAUCUGUAAAUAUCCUUCUACCACAUAUCAGGGAACUUAUUGAAGAUCCACCUACUUCGGUUCUUGCUGUUUGGUACCUGUUUGAUCCCAUAUCUCGAGUUUUAGGUCCAGAAAGAUCAAUCAAAGAACUUCUGGAAUCUAUACUCAAGUUAUAUGAAAAUGAACCUUCAGAAAGCUAUUUGCCCUACAAUGGAAGAAUAGCUAAAAUAUAUCAUCAUAGUUUUUUGCUCAGACUAAUUGUAAGAUUGGGUUUGAAGUGUUUUUUGGAUAAUUUUGUGACACCUUUGGUAGAAGCAGUAGGAGGAUACAAAGAUAGUGAUAAAUCUGAUUUCCCCUUGCACACUCAUAGUGAAAAGGUUUUAAAAAAAACCUCGCAUUUGAAAAAUAUGGAUCAAGAAAACAAUGAGCUGUCAGUGAGUGAUGAAUCUAGCUCUUCCAAUGAAAAACCAGCUAAAAUACUUAAUAAACCUGAGUCAAAAGAUGAAGAAAUAUUUGAAUUAGAUGAAGAAAAAGAUUCAGAAACUCAAAUGAAAAGCCUCAUUGAACAUUUAGAGCUAAACAUAGCGUCAGAUUUACCAUUCAACGUUUCUACAGCUGAAGAGGCUUUAGAUGCAACUUUAACUGAAAAUAUUGAACAAUUAAAAAGCUUAGAGGAGCUAAAUUUGAAUUUAAACGAAGACAUAGAAGAAACUAGCUCUAAUAUAACAUCUCCAACAAUACCUAUACCAACAACACGGCACAAUAGUGUUGCAAAUAUCAGUUGUGAAGUUGGCAGUAAAAAAUCUGAAUCCGAUAGCAUCCUAGAGAAAAAAUCUCUAGCUUCCCUAUACUUAGAUUCACCUAAUUCUGAUGUCAAGCAAGCUUCAAAACCAAAAAGAUCAGAUACAAAAAUAUCUGAAAUGAGCUCAGAUUCUAUUGUAUGGCUAUCUCACAGGUUGGGUCCAGUUCUAAUGGCAAGAUAUCUGUCGCGUAAUUUAUUAAGAAUGUUAACUUUAUGCUAUGUGGGAAAAGAAAAUUUACUUUUUAUUGGAAUAGAUGGCCGAUCUGUAAAAGACCUCAGUGUGACAUCUACUAAAGUAGUAGGAGACGAAAAUGCUCAUAACGUUUUACAAUGUCUUGCUAGUAUAGCUGCCCUUUAUGGUGAAAAACUAAUUUUAUUCCAAUAUUUACCUCACAUGACCGAACUGUUGGCCUUGUGCAAAAGAAAACUAACCCAAACUUUAGAGGGAGGUCUUAUUUCUUGUCUGGCCUUAUUAAAACACAUUAUACCUUAUUUAAGUGAUGCCACUCUAAUGGAUCAAUUACAGGAUAUUUUACAAGGCAUAAUGCAUCCUAUAGUACGUUUACUGGGUUCCACAAAAUACGUGUUUCCUAGCGGAUUUGUUGCCAGAAACGUUUUGGCUCGCAAAUAUGUGGACACUUUGUACGUUUUGGCUGUCAGAAUUGGAUCGGAUAUGACCAGGAAGUAUUUGGCUGUACCUGCUUUGCAAAGAUUUUUCUAUAUUUUUGAUAAAGUUUAUGGAAGCUCUGACAGACAUACAGUUGAUUUCACUGUUGGUGGCCGACCUAUUCCUACACCUCACGUAAGAUUAAAAGAUUCUGAAUCUUUUGAUAGCCUAUCACCAACAUUUGGCACCCCAAUAGGAGAAGAAAACAUUCAAAUUUUAGCUUUGGAAGAAAUCAGGGACGUGUUUUGUCCUGAACUAGCCCACAUGUCAUAUCUUCCCUUUUUGAAGCACGUAGGCGCAAAUUCCUUGGAUAUUUCGUUAAAAAAUCACGACAAAAUUCGUCAAUUGUGCCAGGAAUGCAAUACCGAAGCCAAAACAAGAUACUUUGACAUGCCAAAAGUUCACAUUUCCAGUAGUAUUGGCAGCAACAUAAACGUAAUAGGCAAUAGAAUAGAAAUUCAACCUGAAUUCCAAGACACAGUCCCUGGCAUGGACCUUUUAACAUUAGUAAGCAACAAAAUGGAAAACAGCACAAGACACUUGAAAGGCAAUUGGUUUAGCUAUUGGGCGCACGAAAUAGGUCGUCCUGAAAAAGACACGAGUUUCAAUUUCAAUCAAAUCAAAUUGCAAACUUUUGUCGGACACAGCAACAGCGUCAAAUGCCUACAUAUUUUGGACAACGAAAACAGCUUUAUGUCCGGGUCGAGGGACAAAACUGUCAAAUUGUGGUCUUUGAGAAGCCAAGGGGAUGGAACAUCUACAUCUAACUGUCAGUGGACUUAUGGGGCACAUAAAAAGUCAAUUUUGUCUUUGACUUUUGUUGAUAGUCUAAGAUUGGUGGCUUCCUGUGACAGUAUUGUCCAUCUUUGGGACCCGUUUAUGGGUGCCGUAGUGGCCCAAUUGGAUUCGCCCAAAUUUUCUCCUGUCAAUGUUGUGAAAAGCCUACCGUCGCCUUCUAGCCUGAUUUUUUCAGCCACUACUGAAGGGACUGUUAAAGUUAUCGAUGGGCGAUUGGCCAGUUACGUUUACGAUUUGAAAAUAACGGUGAAUCCUUCUGGAUUGAUACGCUGUUUGGCUAUCAAUCCUUCUGGCAAUUGGGUGGCCGCAGGCCAAUCAUCAGGCAGCAUAACUGUACUCGAUACCAGAACCGGAUUGGUUAUAAACAGUUGGAGAGCUCACGAAGGUGAAGUUCUACAACUUGUUGCAGUAAAUGAUGACGUAUUGGUUUCUAGCAGUUUAGAUCAAACAAUCGCUGUUUGGACUAUCAACGAUGGCAAGUUUAAACAUUACAUGAGGGGAGCUACAGAGCCUGCGCAUUGUCUUUGCGUUUACGACGGAACUGAAUUGGUGAGUGCUACCACAGCUAACCGAGUGGGGGUUCACACUGAAAUAGCACCAGAUGCAAGUUAUAGCAGCACUAAAUUACGUGGAGAUACUUUCAAGGGAGUGCUGACUUCUAUGGGAAUGUUGCCUUUGAAUAGAUUGCUACUUUUGGGUGCUGACAAUGGAUCUAUCAGUUUGUUGUGUUGAUUUAUCAGUUUUUGUAGAGCUUGGAGUAGUUGAGUAAAAUGUUAUUGAAGUGUCUAAUAAUUAUUAUUGUCCCUUUCCAAAACGUGAUAGAUAUUAAUAUUUUUUUCUUGCAAUAAUAAUUGUUAAUAUAAGUCCUUAAGUAUUAUAUAGAUUGUAAGUCCCAAAGAUUUAUUGUAUGUACCUUCAAAACAUACCAAUAAUGUUUUUCCUUAAAUAUUUAUUUAUAUGUUUUAUAUUUUAGCCUCUUUAUAAAGGACAAAUAAAAUUGUUUGAAAUAUUGAAAAAACAGUGAUUUUAUUUAAGUAUAUGGGCUAAAAAAAAAAAAAUUAUAUAUUUGUGACAAUAUGUAUAAGAAACUUGUAUAUUACUUAAUAAUGUACAAUAAUCAAAUAGUUGUUGUGACCAAAAAUUACUUAAAUAUACACAAUAAUUAAUAAAUACGUUUAUUGCUUGUAUUUGCAUCAACAAAUACAGGAAACCUCCUAUAUAAUAAACAAUAAAUAAAUAAUACAAUAAUUAAAAUAAUUCCUUGCAGCACUAAGUCCAGAAACUAUCAUAGGAGGCAAAACAUUUUCCACUUGAUUGAUUGAACAUCUAAAAUGGCUAAUAUACGGGUUUUUCUAGUAGGUAUUUUUUUAAGUAAAAAGAGGAACUAACUAAUAUAGUAUUAACAAUAACAAUCAAUAAGGUCGUCAGCACUAAAAAGUCAACAAACUCCUAUUAAGUCAUAUUUUGCACUCCAAUCAAAUCCUUCCUCUUCUAAUCUAUUUUCAACAACAUAUAUUUAUAUUGGCACAAUCUCCUUUUACCACUAGCACUCUUGCAAAUUAGUAGUAAAAGCACUGAUACCAUUAUUAGUCAUUUCGUCCAUUAUUUCCGUAACAUAAGCAGCAACAUCCACCCUCUCCUGUGUCGCCCUCAAUAUAAACGGAUCCUGUAGGAGCUUAUUAUAUUUGGGUCGCAAAUUUUCCUGCUUAAUCAAGCAAGUGUUGACAAAAUUCACAAACUCCGCAGUGAAUGUAUUAGCGUUGCUAUUUGUAGCCAAACGUGGAGGAUCUCCGUUAACAACUUCGUGAAGUUGAUCGAAAACACUGGACCAUCUUUUGUAGGGAAAAUGACCAGUAGCUACCUCCAUUAGGGUUAUACCUAAUGACCAAACGUCACUGCGGACAUCGUAACCUUUGGCUGUUUGAGGAUCAAUACGUUCUGGCUAGAAAUGUAUAAUUUAUGAAGUAAUUUUGAUAUUUUUU